CUGACUGGUCACAUUUAACACCUGAAGACAUUUUAGUGUUAAACGUUUUCGUGAACUGACAAGAUGCGUGUAUUUGUGCUCUUCAUGUGCGCCUGGGCAUGCCAAGGGAGGGAGUUCGUGGAUAAAAUGGACCGCUACCUCAUCGCCUGCCACACCACCGACUUCACAUGCUUCAAACGCCAAUACACGGCGCUUAGAGACAACGUCCUUUUAGGCAAUGUGAAACUGGCCAUCGACAAUUUUGAGCCCUUCUCCGUGCAGUACGGUUCCGACUGCGUCAGGAUUGAAGGAUGGACUGAGAGUGAACUUAUUGGGAUUGGAAUGGACGGCAGCAGCAAGCAGCUGACCCUGGCUUUGGAGUUGCCCGUGUAUAUGAAACAAGUGAAGAACCUCACGAACUGCGCGAAGCCCGAGCUAGCGACGAUAUCGGUAACGUUCCCCUUCACUCUGCUCAAGAAGAAAGGCGACAUUUACCUCGUGUUGGACCAGGAAGAAGUGGACGCUCUCGUGGACAUCCCUGUGUAUAGACCAUGGUCACUAACUUGUUCUUCUUUAGAUGCCGAGGCUGCAGAAUUGAACCAGGCUUCUGACUGGGCGUACGACAUCGUGCAACACGUCGAGGCCGCUAGGGACUUCGCUGUACCCUUCACCGGCAGACUCCGUACCGCAUUUCAGAGAAUACCUCUUAAAAGACUGAUGUUGCUGUACCCUGAAGAAGAUUAUUCAGAUCUGCAGUUCGCUUUCAUAGACCCAAUCGUUCUUCUUUCAAAAUAAGGUUUAAACAAUUUAGA